AUGCAUUGCCCAAAAGCCUGUAAGGACGUCACAAAAUGGCUGCUAUUGGCGGUGCUUGUCGUCACGUUCGCAGUACCAGCCCUAUCAGCGGAACCGCGUGUAGUAUGCUACUACACUAACUGGUCGGUCUACCGGCCGGGUACUGCGCGCUUCAACCCCCAGAAUAUCAACCCCUACCUUUGCACGCACUUGGUGUACGCUUUCGGUGGGUUCACUAAGGACAACACCCUAAAGCCUUUCGAUAAAUAUCAGGAUAUUGAGAAAGGCGGCUACGCCAAGUUUACUGGGUUGAAAACCUACAACAAAAAUCUGAAGACCUUGCUUGCCAUCGGCGGUUGGAACGAGGGUUCCAGCCGGUUUUCCCCUAUGGUCGCUUCCCGGGAUCGUCGGAAGGAGUUUGUCAGGAACGCCAUUAAGUUCCUCAGGCAAAACCACUUUGACGGACUCGACCUCGAUUGGGAGUACCCAGCGUUCAGGGACGGCGGCAAGCCAAAGGACCGCGAGAACUACUCCAAGCUCGUGAGGGAACUGCGAGAAGAGUUUGAGAGGGAGUCGGAGAAGACGGGGAAACCGCGGUUGCUUCUCACCAUGGCUGUACCGGCGGGAAUAGAGUACAUCCAGAAGGGCUUUGACGUCGAGACAUUGAAUAAAUACUUGGACUGGAUGAACCUGUUGUCAUACGAUUACCAUUCGGCGUUCGAGCCGGCGGUGAAUCACCACGCCCCCCUCUACCCCCUGGAAGAGCCCAACGAGUACAGCGUGGACAACGAACUGAAUAUUGACUACACGAUCAAGUUCUACCUGGAGAACGGCGCGGACCGGGAUAAGCUGGUGCUCGGGAUACCCACUUACGGACGCUCGUACACCCUAUUCAACCCGGAUGCCGUGGAGAUCGGAUCCCCCGCCGACGGUCCCGGGGAGCAGGGGGACGCGACCAGGGAGAAAGGAUAUUUGGCCUAUUACGAGAUCUGCGAAGCCCUGAAGCCGAAGCAGAGAAAGCGCAGCGUCAGUUCGGACUCUGAGGAGUACUCUGAUGAGGAGGAGGAGGAAGAAGAGAAGGAGUGGACCGUCAUGCAUCCGAACCCGAACGCAAUGGGCCCCGUCGCGUAUAGGGGCAACCAGUGGGUCGGCUACGACGACGUCGAGAUCGUCAAGAAGAAAGCCGAAUACGUUGCUGAGAACGGACUUGGAGGUAUUAUGUUCUGGUCUAUCGACAACGACGACUUCCGAGGCAAUUGCCACGGCAAACCCUAUCCCCUCAUCGAGGCAGCUAAGGAAGCAUACAUACUAAAACUUGGCUCGACAGAUAACAUUGUUGUAUCCGAGAAGCCCAAGUCGAGAAGCAAGUCCGGUGGCAGAAGGAGGAAUCGACCAAAAACAACUCCAACCACCACGACCACCACCACAACCACCACUACCACAACGGAGAAACCAUCGACAAAGAGCAGCAAACGCAAGAGCGGUUCGGCCUUAAGUACAACCCCAGCUUGGAACAUCAUCACCCCCGAGCCCCCUACCACACCGGAUCCCGGCUCAGAUUUCAAGUGCACCGAAGAAGGGUUCUUCCAACACCCGCGGGACUGCAAGAAAUACUUCUGGUGUUUGGACUCCGGCCCCUCUGACCUUGGAAUCGUCGCCCAUCAAUUCACAUGUCCAUCAGGACUGUACUUCAACAAGGCGGCUGACUCCUGCGACUUCGCCCGCAACGUCCUGUGCAAAGUGUCCGCCGCACCACCAAAGCGCCAACGACCAAAGCGCCGACGACCAAAACAACGAACCACAUCCACCACGCCUGCAUCUGAGUCGGUUGAAGAGUAUGAGGAUGACGAUACGGAAGAAAACAUCGACGCCGAAGAUCCAAAAGUGAUAAAGGAGCUGAUCGAUUUAAUCAAAAAAGUCGGCGGCGUGGAACAACUGGAGAAGCAGCUGGGGUUGUCCGAGAGCUCCGUCAGCACCAGCAGUGGCGUGGCCUCCAGUACGCCGACUUCGUUCAACAAGAAGCUUUACCAGAAAGUUUUGGAGCGCACCCGUGGUAGGGGCACGUUCACCACAAACAGCGUGACGGAGAAGUCUUCUCUGAACAGCCGUCGUGGACCCCAAAACGAGGGUCUGGAACCAACCUCAGACCAAGACAGGCUAUUGAAAAAAGAAAGACCGCAGUACGUAACGAUCAACCGAUCGCGGACGUCGCAAGGCACGACCACCGAAAGCUCUCUGGAGAGCGAGGAGGUCGACGAUGAGCAGGACCUAGAAGUGCAGCUGAACAGAGGCCGCUCGGCCGGCGUACAGUCGAAGGUGGCCACCACGGCGAAGCCCCUUCAGUACGUCAACAUACGACGAUCGAAGCCCACGACGACAACCGUGUCUGACGAUGACGACUCCGCUUCCAGGAACGCUUUAUUCGAACGUGUGGAACCUUAUGUAUCCGUCUCCGAAGCGGUUAACUCUUUGGAUAUAGCAAGUGCUAGAAGAGAAAAUACACCUGAAUACGUCACUUUAAGAAGGACACGUCCGACUACCGAAACAACUACAGCACAGUAUCGAAAUUCAGAAACUGAAGUCGAAUCUCAAGAAUCGGCAUUAGAAAGAGAAAUAACAUCGCCAUCUUUGCAACCGCAAUACACUUCUAUAAUAAGGACUCGUUCAACCACUCUCCCUCCAAUUGAAGAACCAAGCAGUCCUGAACCAACUACUGUCCUCUCGGUCCAAAUAUCAUCGCUGUUGAAUUCACCGACGGCUGCAGAAAUCCCCGAGCCUGUAUCAUCUAUAUCAACAACAACUGAAGCAAUUGAAUUACCUACUACUACUGCUUCAAUUCCUACCACAACUACGCCAUUACCGUCCCCAACAACUACCGCCGAUUCUUCUUCAAGCACUACAUCUCGUCGUAACGGGCUGAGACGUCGCGGAUCGACCACUACUACAAGCGCAACAACAUCAACCCCAAUCUCAACAACACAGGUGAGUUACAGGAAUUCUAACUUUGUACGCCGCCGUCGGCCUUUAUCCACACCAAACGAAAUACCAUCGGAAUCGGAAGAAACAAUUGUUUCUAGAAAAAUUAGGUCAACGACCCCAGAUAGCCGCGAAGUUGAAGGGGUAAAACUGGACAGAGAAACCACACCAAAUCGAAGAUUCAGGAUCAGGUUUCAAUCUCCAAUAGAAGAUUCUUUGCCAGCUGCAGCAUCACCAAUAUCUAGGGGUCAAUUUAGGCCUAAAUUUAACACAAACGAUGAAUUUACUUUAACUACAGUUGAAGCCGGUGCUCCUGUAUUUGUCAGAAGGGAAACCAGUGAUGAUCUCGAUGAAGAAACUUCUUCAACUCAAAACGAUAGUUUGGAAGACAGCGAAGGGUCUGCAACUACUAUAGAAGAUAAACGCCCUACUACUAUAUCUAGAGGACGUGGACGGUAUUUGACAUUUGCACCAACUGAAGCUAUUGGACAAACUACAACAACUGAGCCAACAUUCACCCCAAGGCGACCGACAUUUGCGAGAUUUACACCUCGUCCAUUCGCCAGAUCGUCGAUAAGACCAAUUAUCAAUAAAGAUAGAUCAGAAGGGCAAGUCAUUACGCCAAGAAUACCAUCUAGAGCACCGUUUAGCAGACCCAGACUACCAUCUUCCGGAUCUAAUAAUAACGUCCCAGUUAUUCAGGCUCGAAGAUUACCGUUUGCGUCAAGAACUUCAACCACUACUUCAACAACUGAACAGACAUUUACUACGGAAAUUGAUGACGAAGAUUUAGAUAAUAAACGCGAUGAUAUAUAUCUUUCUGAGAGUGCCAUUGAAGAAAAGGAACACGCAGAUGAUAGAAGCCAUAUGAGUGAAGAACCAACAAAUAAAAAAGACAAAGAAAAAAUCACAACCAAUGUUUAUUCGACUACCGAAGUUUACGGAAUUGGUGAGACUGUUACGAGUGAUACUGGUGCCAGGAGAUUUAAAGUGAUAAGACGAAGACCAACUACAUCGACUGUCCCUGCUGAGACUACAGACUCUCCUCUUUUUACUGAUGUUACUACGUCUACAGUUCCCAGAAUACGCAAAAUAAUAAGGAAAAAAAUAAAAGGGACAGAUGAUGAAACAACAACUACGUCUAAAUCUAUAAUUACCGAAGCCAUUAGCGAAGUAACGGGCAUUGCAUCUAACUACGGAGAAAAGACAAAAUCUAUCACAACGACCCCACCUACUACUGUCAAUAGCCUUGAUGCUGAAGAUGUACAAAUCGUACCAACAUUUGAAUCUAUUAAAGAGCAACCGAAAGUUAAGGAUUACGAUAUAAAAUCCGAAAUUCCUAUUGACGAAUCUGAUGAAGAAGAUACCGAAGACGAAAUAAAUUUAAAAGAGGAACCAGAUAUAAAUCAUUUUCUGCAGGAGGAAAAUAAUAAGGAAUCACCGCCUGAAUUUGACACUGAAGACACACUGACUAAAGAUAAAACCGAAACUGAUUCUGAGAAUGAGAAAAUACCAAUAUUAGAUUUUAAAGAUGAGAAUUCAGCCGAAAUUAAUUUAAAAGAGGAGACAAACGUAUCAAACCUUACAAUGCCAUUUAACGAUGUUAUUCAAGUAAGCGACUUGACGAAUAAAACUGAAACAACCCAUGUUGAAACGGAUUUAUCUAUCAUCACUGAUACCAAUCUGGAAGAAAAGCAAAUAGAUUCGACUUUAAAUGAGGCUGAAAAAAUAGAUAAUGAUACUGAAAUCGUUAUUAUAAAAAAGUCUGAAAAUAAAACAGAAGAUGGAGCAGAUAAUGAAACUUUAAGCUUAACUACAGAACCAGAUAAUACAACGGAAGCCAAAACAACUAAGACGAUAGAAGAAGAUGAGUAUUCUGAUGAAGAAUUAUUGGACGAAGAAGUUCUUGAAGAAGAACCUGAAAACCCUUUCGUUUUUGUUCCACCCAGUCAGUUGUUUACCCGAAAACCUGAUUCUGAAGAGGAAUAUGAAGAUGAAGGUAACGAAGAAGAUGAAGAAGUUUCAGAAGAAGAAAUAUAUGAUGAAGAGCAACCAGAAACAACUACGACUACAACUACAAAGGAUGAAAUCCCUAUCUAUUUAACUAAACUUGGACGUAUUUACCCUGUGGAUAAUCCUCCAAAUAAUCCGAUCCGAAUCGAUGAAGCUAGAAAUGCUAGGGCACUUUUGAGCUAUGAUGACUAUCCUAAAGAAAAUCUGCUGGCAUCAGAAAGUAUGAAUGAAGCGUAUAGGCAUAUUAAUAAAGUCACAAAUCACCGUAAAGAUAGCAUGCUUAAGCGUGAAGUGGAACACGUAUCUGAAGACGAUUUCUUGAGUUAUAUUAAUGAAGACAAAAACACCGAAAGAAGCGAAGAGAAUAAACAAAGUCCAACGUGGAAAUUUGUACCGGCUGCAUAUGAAAAUGAGCAAAUGAAGCAAGCAAAGAGUUUUGAAGUCGUUACUCCGCGUAUUAUUCGAAAUGAUCCAUCUACUCUGUCCUUAGAAGCUUUAUUCAAAACGGAAUCACCGAUUACAGAUAGAAAAGCUAGCGAGGAAAAGGAAAUUCCUACAUUUUUCGUAUACCCCUCGCCUAUACCGAUACCAAAAAAGGAAAAUAUUGAAACUUUACCCCCUCUUAACAGUCCAAAGGAGAACAAAAAUACAACACAUGGUGUGAACCAAUCUCCCGCCCAACAGGAAAAUAAAAUUCCAGUGAUCACAAAACUGGCAUCCGAAGCAAAUGAAAAUGUUAAUUCAACUACUUCUUCAAACAAAGCAUCAGAAGAAAUCACGACAAGUCCUAUUUUGGAACUAUUAAUGACGAAAGGAAAUAAUUCCGUAACCAAUCACACUACAGCAACAUCAACCACAACAGCAAUACCUUCCACAACAGAAACAGGUACAAACACAGGCAAAACGUCCCCCGUGGAAAAUAAAAGAGCCAAAUUUCCAUUUACCAGGAGACCCGCCAUUAAAGCCUCAAAUGUAACUCUAGCGUCCGCUAACACGAGGGUUGGUAAAAAAAUUAACAACACGGUCAAAUCAAAUUCCAUACAAAGAGCAAACAAAACGUCUACCUUUACACCGAGCAAGUCCAGGUUCUCGGCGAACCGGGCGCAAAACGUUCCCGUCGACGUACGAAACAAACCGACCGUCGGCAAAUUCGCACCGAAAACGUUCACAACCGAGAGCCCUACAUCUACAGCCGAAAGGAAAACCUUCACAAAGCCAAAGAGGCCACCCUUCCGGCCAGCUUUUGUGCCGCGACGAACCACAACGACAACGCCGAACACUGCAGUU